CGUCCAGUGACUGAAAUGUUCAAUUCCAUUCAUACAAUGAUGGUGUGGUGCGGUACAGCCGCGCUGGGCGCGGUGCUGGCGACGCUGCUGCUGUGGCUGCGGUGGCGCGCUCGCAACCUGCGGCGGCUGGAGCUGGCGGCGCGCGUGCCCGGCCCGCCGGCGCUGCCGCUGCUGGGCAAUGCCUUGCUCUUCAUGGCUAAGCCUAAUGAACAAUUAAAAUUGGUUGCGGAUAUUAUAGCCAAAUACGGCGAGUACGUGAGAUUCUGGUUGGGGCCAGAGCUGAACAUAGUUGUCUCUAACCCGGAAGAUAUAAAGCUGAUUCUAACGAGUAACAAAGUCACCAAAAAAGGGCCUGUUUACAACUUCAUGAAACCCAUGAUAGGCACUGGAAUACUAACUGGAGGUGAACAUUGGCGUCAUUGUCGGAAGACAGUGACACCAUCGUACAACAAGAAGGCAGUGGCUGCGUUCGGACGCGUGUUCAACGCGGAGGCGGCGGCGCUGGCGCGGCGGCUCUGCGCACGCGACGCUAACACCUUCGACGUCUUUCACGACGUUGUUGACGCCACUACGCAGUGUGUUUGUCAAACACUAAUGGGUCUCACAAAAGAUGACACACUGAAUUUGGCAAAUCUUGAUUACGUGGUUUCAAACACUCGCAGACUGUACAGUUUAUAUUUUGCCAAAAUGACUAAGUGGUGGCUUCAAGUACCGCUUAUUUAUUGGAUCACAGGUGCUCAGAAGCUUGAAGAUACAAUGAUGAAGGAGUUUCAUAUUUUGACGAAAGAUAUAGUGGAUAAAAGAAAAAAUGCUUUGGCGCGAAACGAAAGUACAGAGGAGGAGGUUCGAGGCAUCGUUGACAGACUCAUCUUAAGUGGAUACCUCACAGAGCAGGAAAUAAGGAAUCAGACUUUAGCUCUGUUUACUACUAGUCAAGAAGCCGGGGCAAAGAUAGCAUCUGCUGUUCUUUUGUACUUAGCGCAUUUACCGGAGUGGCAGGAUAAAGUGUACAGCGAGAUCCAAGAGCGCCUGGGCCCGGACGAUGAAUUCAUAACGGACGAGCAUAUCAAGUCACUCCACUACCUGGAUAUGGUUUACAAGGAAGUUCUUCGCUGCAUGUCCAUUGCGGCCAUGAUCCAGAGGACAGUCGAAGAAGAAAUCACUAUAAAUUCUGGAAAAAUCACUCUGCCGGUUGGGACCUCUCUGGCGAUUCCUAUUCACAUUCUCCAUCGGAAUCCGAAAUACUGGCCGGACCCUGACAAAGUUGACCCGGGUAGGUUCCUGCCCGAGAACGCGCAGCUGCGGGACCCUAUAGCCUUCGUGCCUUACAGCCUGGGCCCAAUGGACUGUCUAGGUCGCGUGUACGCCAUACAAAUGGUGAAAACGCUGGUGGUGCGCACGCUGCGGCACGUGCGGCUCGAGGCCGACGGACGCCUCGAGGACCUGGCGCUCGACGUCGCCAUCUCCGUGUCCUUCUCCGACGGGUACCGACUCAGGGUCUAUCCGAGGCCGAAGAACAACAGAGACCGAAAUUUUUCAUAAAU